AUGGAGAUCCAAUCCGGUGCGCCAUGCACCAAGAGGGCGAAGCUCGCGCCAGCGGCGACGCCGUCCUCUGGUGGCUUGGCGGUAGUGGCUGGACGCGGCGAGGACCGCAUCAGCGACCUCCCGGACGCCAUCCUCGGUGAGGUCAUCUCCCGUCUCUCCACUAGGGAGGGCAUCCGCACUCGGAUUCUCACACGUCAUUGGCGUCCUGUUUGGCCGACCGCUCCUCUGAAUCUUAACUGCGGUGAGAUCUGUGUCACUCGUCUUUUUAACGCCCUAGAAACAGUUCAUGUCGAGAUCAUCAGUAGGGUCUCUGCCUACAGCGAGGAGCUUGCUCGUAUACGAUACAUCGGAACUUGGCAUCAGGGAAAAACAGUUCUUGGUGAUGGUUCUUGCCUUCCAGAGUCCAUCCUCUCAAGCCAUGUGGGCGCAGUUCUCCGCCUUUGUAUACCGGCGUGCUACCUCCAAUGCAGACCCUCUACUGUCCACGCCUGGCUUGAGCCCCCCAGAUUGAAGAAUCUCCAGGUGCUUGAACUACCACUGGUCAAGAGACUUUCACUUGUUGAGGUUGAUAUAUCAGACUUCUCGUUGCAAAGCAUGAUCAACUCUAGUUGCCCUGCACUCGAGUGCGUGCUGCUUGUUUGCAAUAGAGAAAGGCAUGGGAUCACAAUAAAUUCCCCUAACCUUGUAAGCAUCGGCAUCCGUGGUGAGAAAGGAAAAUUCAUCAUCGAGGAUGCCCCCUCACUUAAAAGGUUGAUCCACAAUCUCCAGAGCAAUAACAUGGAGAUAUUCAUCGUCUCUGCACCCAAACUGGAGACAUUGGGCAAAUUUAGGAUCUCGCUUGACUCCAUAGGUCUUAUGGGUUUGGCGACGGCCAGCCUAUCUACAAGGCGGCAAUCUGUCAAAACCUUGUUUUUCGCCAUGACUUAUCAAGUGGACCUGGUCAUUCACUUGCUUAAGUGCCUUCCAAAUCUGGAGAACUUGUUUGUUCAGGUGCUGAUUUUCACGCCCAAUGAAAAGGGAGGAAACGUUCCUGAUGGUGCAAGAAAUUUUUGGCGUCGCAAGCACCGUGCGUUUCUCAAAGAACACAUCAUUCAUUUAAAGACAGUAAUACUGGAAGAUUAUGAAAAAAGCAGGAAGAACACUGAGUUUGUGAGGUUCUUUAUUCUGAAUGCAACGGAGCUAGAGACCAUGAGGAUUAAGUUUCGCUUUCCCUCAGACUUCACGCAAGAAUUUUACGAACAGCAACAGAAGUUGUUCCUGUGGGAGAAUAAAGUUUCCAAACGCGCCCAUCUCAAGUUAUCAGCAUGCUGCAAUCAUCUGUGCUUGGAUUUGAAACACGGGCGUGUUGAAUGCCUGGAUUUGUCAGAUCCGUUCACUUGUGCCUGCUGGACACAGGGCUGUAGUUAG